AUGUCCAAGCCCAAACCUAUCCGUCCUUCCGAGAUUGACCCCCUUACGCAACUAUGGCACGGUCUUGUCGACACCCUCCGCCUCUUACCAUCCGUACCCACCUCGUCCCGUCCACUAACCUUUGAGACUGAGAAGGAAAGGGAGAAGGAGCUGAAAGCCGCCCAGCGGGAGAAGAAGGUGCUCGAUGAGGCAUUUGAGCAGGUGAAUAACCUCUUGCGUGCCCGGAGGGGUAGUGAUGGGUCUCUCAACGUCGAUGUGGGCGGGAGUGGGGGCGGGGCACAAGGGAUGCCUGGAAGAGGAACAACGGGCGGUCCCGGUCCUGCCAUAGGGAGUGGAGGUCAAGGAGACAGUAAAGGGGAAUCACCAGCUUCUGCGGCGCUCGCUACGCUCAAGCGAAAGCGGGAUCGGCGACUGUCCAUCUCUGUCUCCCCCGCUCCUCAGGUCCCACCCCAGAGCGCACCCGUCGAAAGCCUAUCUCUGCCUACGCGCCUCGACGCCGGUCCGGGUCCGCGCUCCGCCAACACACCAGGCGGUCAUCCCAUGUCGGCCUCUCACUCGCAUACCGGUCAUCAUGGGUCCGCGCUCCUCCCUGGUUCAGCUGCUGCGGCGGUACGGGCCAAUUCGCCGCUCUUACCAUCACGAAGCGGCACGCCCACAUCGCGACAGUUGACGGGUCGGGAGAAGCGGGAUUUGAUCUCGGAUCAGCUGCCGCUUCAGAAAGGACGGAGGGUGCUGUUCAAGCAGCCGAAAGACAAGAAGGAGGAAGGGGAGGAGGAGGUCUGGAUCGUGGGCACGAUCGUGACGUGCAUUGGAGGGGAUAAGAAUCGGUAUACCGUCAGAGACGCGGAUACGGAGACUGACAUAACCUACAACACCACACUCAGAUCGAUCAUCCCCCUCCCUGAUGCCUCCCUCCCACUGACCUCCUCCGCCCACCCGUCCAAUAUCGACGACUACCCCAAAGGCACCCAAGUCCUCGCGCUCUAUCCCGAAACGACCUCCUUUUACCCAGCCAAGGUGCUCGUACCGCCCUCGAGGUCGAAAGCGGACGCGGGGAGGAAGGUGUAUCGCGUCUUCUUUGAGGGGGAUGAUGUGCAGGCGAGGGAGGUCGCGGCGGGGGAUAUGGUCUUGCUGCCUGGCGCAAACUAA